GGAAAAUGCGCUCCCUCCCGAUCUGAGCUUCGAGAAAGAUUUCACCUUCGGAAAAGAAGUCUCGGGCUUUCCCAGAGGACUCGAAAGGCCUUCCCGGAACCAGCCACACUAAUUUCUGCGGCAAGAAGGUUCCCUUUUCUUUCUCAACUUCACAUUGGGAAAAUGACUUUCUCUUCAGCUUUUCAAUUUCCCCUAACUUUGAGCAAGUGAAGAGAAGUCGAUCUGGUUAUCCAGUCGGCCAGAAGGCGGAGGCCCGUACUUUCCAGUGUAAACUGAUUCCACGCGAGUUGCUGUGUGUGUAACUUACUUGCUGAGAAGAGCCACUUUGGGGAGCCGCUCUACAGACCAGCCCACCGCGCAGUUUCCGAGCCGGCGAGCGAGCUCGGCGCCUCCCUCCUUCCGGCGGGGAAUGAAGUCCAGCAAGCCCAGUAACCCCGCGACCGGAGCGCGUGCCGCGCCCCCGUGCACGGGCGGCGCCGAGUGCGCGGGCACGUGCGCCGGGGCCGGCCGGCUGGAGAGCGCGGCCCGCAGGCGCCUGGCGGCCAAUGCGCGCGAGCGCCGUCGCAUGCAGGGGCUCAACACUGCCUUCGACCGCCUGCGCAGGGUGGUGCCUCAGUGGGGCCAGGAUAAAAAGCUGUCCAAGUAUGAGACCCUGCAGAUGGCGCUGAGUUACAUUAUGGCUCUGACGCGCAUCCUGGCUGAGGCCGAGCGAUUCGGCUCGGAGCGGGACUGGGUCAAUCUCCACUGCGAGCACUUCGGCCGCGAGCACUACCUCCCGUUUGCGGGCGCGAAGCUGCCAGGCGAGAGCGAGCCCUAUGGCCAGAGGCUUUUCGGGUUCCAGCCAGAACCCUUCCAGAUGGCCAGUUAGGGCUCGCGGCCCUGCUGGGGAUGUGGGGGGCGAGGAAUGCCCAGGGAUCCAGCUCCGGAGCCGCACCCGUUUUCCCAGUGUAUGCAGGGGCUUUCGGAGGCCGAGGAUGCUUUUUUAGAAAAUCAGCAAACUUGCGGGUUACU